GUCAAAUGAUUCCUUGUGAUACGAGACUGCGCUGCUGCUGAAAUGUUAUGAAUGCGAAUAUUUUGUCCAUGCUCGUGCGCUGUACUCGGCUCAUGUAAACUAUAUCGGUUGGCAGCACUGUUUCUGGAAAUAUACAAAUAUGCAGAAGAUAUCGCUUAAAAAUAUAACUCCUAAAGGAAAUGACUCAGUUGAAACAUCCUGUGGAGAUAUAAGUAGGCUGCGAACAGGCCGGAGAAGUUAAUAAAUGUCUGCUACCAGUCCGAUGUGAGGGGAGCGAAUUAUGGUCUAUGGAAAUAAAUGCAUUGAUGAAAUGAGAUUGGUGAAUUCUUACAGCCUUUAUACCAAGGAGUGAACACCUAGUUCAAGCACCUGUAUGUCUUGUACUCCUUUUAAACAAAUUUGGAAGUUCUGGUGAAUGUCCAUAAAGGUUACACAGUAUCUAUACCCAGCAGCAAACAGGGAUCCAAACAUGGAUUAGCAUUCCACAAAAAACUAAAAUGGGGAAUUUUUGUUGUAUGGAUAAUCCCCAUCAUAGUGAGCAAGGACCUGGACCACAAAAUGAAUGGGAAGCUUUAUUAAAUUCUGCGAAUUCAUGCAAUGCAUGUGUUGAAGAGCAGCCAACGUCUCCACAGAAGUAUAUUUCCAACAAGCAUCCUAUAGACCUGCAAAAUAAAAUUGGCAUUGAAGAUGUAAAUAAUGGUGCUGUUCCAACGAAGAGUUUCCACCCACAGUCUUCAAUUGCAAUUGGAGCAGAUUUUGGAGCAGAUCUUGAAAGUGAAGAAUAUGAUACCAACAUACUGCAGUUAAAAAGUGAUGAACAAGUUUGUGCAGUGCAGAGUACUGCUGUGGCUUCAGAACUAAAUGCAGCACCUGUAUUCAAAAGAAUUGAAGAUCAUUACUCCAAUUCUGAAACACAGGACGAUGUAAAUUUCUUCCUGCAGGCUUCAUCUGAGAGUGGGCCUGAUCUGGAAAUUGUACAGGAUGAAAAGUAUGACUCUCCCUCCAAUGCACAGCAGGUAGAAAGUGAAAAACGUACAGUCAAAGUUCAGGGUACUAAUGUCACAUGGGAACUCAAACUAGAACCAGACGUGAAUGGAAUUGCAAAUGUAGAAGAUAAGCAGGCUGGUUCUAAUACACGUGAAAGUAUGAGCUGCAACACUUCUGAAAAACCUGAAGAGGAAAAAUGUGCUCACAUUGAGGCUGUGUGGAAAACCAUGCAAAAUGAUAAAAGCAACGAGGUGGCGGAUGCUGUGUCACAAGAAUGUACAAGUGACUUGCUAACAGAAUCUGCAGUUGGAUCGCACUGUUCUAAUAUGGAAAACUCUAUGAAUACUGCAAAAAGAGCAAGGCUUUCUCAAGGCAGCGACGGGAGCAUUUGUGGUCAUGAAGGGGAGCAUGAACAGACGGAGGUCGUCUUGCAUGAGGUUGAAGAGGGAACAAAGAAAUUUCAAAAUAAACAAUCUGAUCAUGAAAUGGAAGAAAUGAAGAAUUGCCAAUCAAGUGUAGAGCCCAUCCAUACCAGUGUACAAGGGACUGAAUUGGCAUUUGAAGAAACGCAUUCACCAGAACUAAAAGAAAACCUCGCCAACAAUGAAAAAAGCACUUGUGAAAAAAGUGUUGUUAAAGAAACUCCCGAAAAUAUAAAGAACUGCAAUGAAGAAUGCAUUGAUGGAGAGGAAGAUCUAUACCGUGAUGAAGUUGAGAUAGAAAAGGAAAAAUUUCAACGAUUGAUAUCUCAAAGUCAACUUGCAGAGCGGUCCACUAUCGAACCUGGUGUGGCCAUUUUGGAAUAUUGUACCAGAGAAUGGAAAGGAAACACAGCAAAAGCACAACUCAUGAAAAAGGCGUAUGAAGCUGUCUGUCAAACUUUCAGUUCUCUAAGAAGAGUUAGGGGUGAUAAUUAUUGUGCUCUAAGAGCAACACUGUUUCAAGUAUUGAGGAAUGUUAAACUUCUUCCCUGCCUGCAACAGGACAGCCUAAUCCAGCUUCCAGAAAAGCUGAUUGCAGCAAAAUAUACCUGGAUUAAGCAGUGGUAUUUUGGAGUUCAAGACUGUGGGAGCAAAGAUCCUGUAAAAAAGCUGAAGGAAUAUCUGGCAGUAUUGAAACAAAAGUGGACACAGAUAUGUGAAAUGGAUUCUUUGGAAGAACGACAAGUUGUCUGUGAAGAGGUGUUUAAAAAUGACCAGGAAGAAUACAGGUUGUACGAAGCUAUGAAAAUUCUUAUGCUGGCCAAGGCUAUUGAACUGGAUUAUGAUAAAGUGCAAAAAAAGGAAAUUCCUCUCUUCUGUUGGCUGCUGUUUGCUCGUGAUACUUCCACUGACCCUUACCAGUUCAUGAAAAAUCAUUUGAAUCAUGUUGGCUACACUGGUGGACUGGAUCAGGUUGAAAUGUUUCUUCUGGGAUACUCUUUAGAGUUGACUAUCAGAGUUUUCAGGCUAUACAAAUUUGGAACUGAUGAAUUUGUCACCUUCUAUCCUGAUGAUCACAAAGAGGACUGGCCAAUGGUUACUCUAAUAACUGAGGAUGACAGACAUUAUAACGUACCCGUGGAGGAUGCUCAAGUGACUGAUAUAAGUUGAAUUUCAUGGAACUAUGUAACCUGGAAAGAGAUUGUUAUAACUUUUAAUUGUUCUGAGAUUGCUGCUUUUUAAUCUCUUACUUAUGGAAAAAAUUGCAGCAGAACAUGCGUGAACUGGAAAAUGUAUCGCUUAAAGUUUAAGAAAUGAGCAACUGUAAAUUAAAGGGAUUAGGUGUCUAAACUUGUAAGCUAGGAGUGUAAACAGAAUAAAUUUAAAAUGAUUGAUCUGCUGUUCUGGACUUCUUGUCUUCCACUGAUAUUUUUGUAAGAUUGACUAAAUCUGUAAAUAAAUCAGAAACUGCCUUUCUAAGCAUUUCUUGGGUAUGGAAUAAAUAAAUAAAAUUAAUGGCCGAA